UCUCGAAUGGUUUUUAACACAUUCUAUGCAUUCUUUUAUAUUCUUCAGUUGAGCAAAACGUGUAAUCUCUAUUUCAUAAUUAUGAGUGAGGAACAAGUUGUUGACCCAAAGCUGCACCAAUUAGGAACUGAUGCGUUGUGAUUUAGUUAGCGUGCUACCGUCAUAUAUACCUUCUUCGUUACAUGUAUGUAUGUGUGCGUACGUAUUUAUGUAAUUUUUGAAUUAUUUUUUUUAUUUAUGAUACUAAAGUUAUAAGAUAUUACAUAGGUUUUGAUUGCUUCAUCUGAAAUAAAAGAAAAAAUACUAAAUGGAGACUACCAACUGGUAGAAAAAAGAGGGCGUAGUAAUGUGUGGGAGUUUUUCGCCAAAAUCAAAGACGAAAAUGGAGAGGAAAUUGACGGGUUUGUGGCAUGCAAAAUGUGCUACACCGUAAUGAAAUUUUCCGGCAGCACAUCAAAUAUAGUGAAGCACAAAUGCUACACAAUCAAUUCACACAAAGCCCAAAACGCAGCACUCGUGGAAGUGAAUCCUGAAGUGAAACAGGAGGGUGUUGAAAUUUUGACGGAAUGGGCAAUAAAAAACUGCCGAUCCUUCAAAAUCGUGGAGGAUAGCGGUUUAAAAAAAUUUGUGUCGUACAUUUUAAAGGUUGGAGCAACGUUUGGGCCGAACGUUGAUGUAGAAAAGCUACUUCCACAUCCAACGACCAUUUCGAGAAAAAUUUCAUCCAUGUAUGAGACACAUUUCGGCCCAAUUAAACAAGAAAUAGUCACAAAUAAAUGUAAUGGUUAUGCCAUAACGAGUGACAUAUGGACGGACAAUUUUUUAAAAGCCGCAUAUAUUUCAUGCACAGUCCAUUACAUAAAGGAUGGAGUUUUGAUUGAGCGUUUGAUGGCCAUGAAGUCGAUGAAGGAUAAUGCGUGCACAGGUGCAAAUAUUUUGUUAAAAAUGGAUGAAAUUUUAAGCGAGUUCGAUUGCAAUUUGGGAAAUGAUAAGCCAGUAAUCGUUACUGAUCGCGGGUCAAACAUGAUUGCUGCCUUCCGGGACCAUAAUAAAAUCCACUGUAUUAAUCAUAUGCUAAAUAAUACAGUGGAAAAAGCCAUUAAAGAAGUUCCUGAGAUGGGCGAAAUGGUGACAACCUGCAGCAAACUGGUUAAAUUUUUUAAAAAAUCGGGGAACAAUUCGCUGUUAGGCUUCACUCUAAAAAGCUUCUGUCCAACUAGAUGGAACACUGUGUUCUAUUUGAUUAAAUCAAUAGAAGCCAAUUGGUUGGGCAUAAGCAAUAUUUUAAUUGAGAAAAAUCAAAUUGGAAGACUAGAAGGCCUUCACAUAGAAAUUCAUGGGAAUUACCGAAAUGGCACCACGCUCAAUGAUCAUGAAGAGCGCCGUAUUGUCAGGAAAAUUAAGGAAAACCCAAAGCUAUCGGCCCCGAAAAUAGCAGCAGAGAUCGAGGACGAAAUGGGCAAGAAAUGUAGUGCUGAUACAGUGCGGCGUGUGCUUCACGAUCAUAACUUUAAUGGUCGAGUAGCACGAAAGAAGCCUUUUAUAAGUAAAAAAAAUAUGGCUACUCGGAUAAAGUUUACAAAGGAGCAUAUAAAUUUGCCAAUUUCGUUCUGGGAGGACGUAAUCUUUGCCGACGAGUCAAAAUUUAACAUUUUUGGUUCGGAUGGACGACAAUUUGUGUGGCGGCGACCAAAUACAGAGUUAGAAAACAGGAACCUGAAACCUACGGUGAAACAUGGCGGUGGUCACGUCAUGGUUUGGGCCUGUAUGGCAGCCUCUGGCGUGGGCAACCUCAUUUUUAUUGAUGGAAUCAUGGAUGCCAAUAUGUACCUGAAAAUUUUACAGGAUAAUCUACUUCAAACUGCUGAAAAACUGGGUAUACGAGAUCGUUUUAGAUUUUACCAAGACAACGAUCCGAAGCAUUCUGCAGGAAUUAUUUACCAAAUCUCAAAGAGUGACUUCGUGAGUAACUGGAUCCAAAAGCACUUUGGGGACCAGAAUGGAUCUUUCAAUAGAAGUACUGACCAUGUUGGCGGCGGGAUUCAAUUCAAUAAUCGACCUUUGCAAUCCAGUAACGAAGAUGGAGCUUACAACGACAAUAAUUCAAAUAUCAUUGACUUAUCAGAAGAUUGCUGCGGGCACGAUGAAUGUGUGCAAGAUAUCAUAACAAUCGAAGAUGAUGAAGAGCUUGAUAGUACCAGGUGGAUGGAAGAAUUCGUUGACGUGGAAGACCGCAGCGAAAAUACUCUAAGCCACAUCGACGGGAACAGCCUCAAUGAUGAUGAUGAGGCAAGUCUUCAAGACGAGGACCAUAUCUAUAUGAGUAACGAGGCCAAUCAGAACGAGGAGUCCAGCAACCAGAGUGAGCUCUACUAUGCUGACUCGGAAUACGAAGCCACCUCUGAGAAUGAAAGCAAGAACUUCAAUAGCAAUGAAAGCGUGAACUCAAGCAAUCAAAGCGAGUACAGCCCGGAAAACGAAAACAACUUGGCCAAUUUGACCAACGACAAUGAGAAGAACUCCAUGAACGAGAACUCGAGUAACGAGAAUAUGUAA